AUGAGCAAUAAAAAUGGUGAAGUGCCUCAUGAAGAGGCAGGAGCUAAACAACCCCAAAAUGCUAAUUCUGAAGAAAAGGAAGAGUUCAAUAAAAAUUUUGACUCUCCUUAUAGUAUUUAUAUGUCCCAGCCAAGCAGGAAUAUAGGUGCAUAUGGUUCAGGAGAGAGUCAUUAUGGAAACCAAAAUUACGGAUUUCAGCCACACAAUAAUACCUAUGUGCAGCAGGUACCUCAAUAUCAGCAAAAUUAUAGUCAGAAUCAAUAUAAUUAUCAAAAUUAUCAACAUUCUCCUCAACAUGUUUCUCAGAUUGCUCCUCAGCAAAAUGUGAAUAAUGUCCAGUCUCAAGGAAUUAUUAAUCAGCAGGUUAAAGAUAACGAAGGUGCUCAGAGACCUAUCCAAAAUACUCAACAAUUUUAUAACCCAAACCAAGCACAAGCAAUUCCACAUCUGCAAAAUUUCACAAGCACAAUAAGACCUCCUCCACCCAUUGCACUCAACUCCCCUUACCUACAAGUCUCUCAACCCCAAAACUCCGAAAAAGGAACAACCAAAGAACGUGUUCGCAUUAUAAACGCCCUUCUCAAGUCCAAUAGCUCUAUACUCUCCCACCAGGAGCAGAGCAAUCUCUACAGAUGGAACACCAUUAAUCAUAUGUCCAUCUUCUGCAUGUUCGGACUUAUCGUAGUCCCCUUUGUAAUAUACUCCAGGAAGAAUUUGACUAUGGCUCAGAAGGUUAAGCAUCUUCAGUACGCCUGAGGUGUUCAGGUCACUAUUGCCUCUAUCUCCUUAUACUCUAUUUAUAAAGUGAAAAAUCUCUUUGAUCAGUAUGAUGAGAGGUAUUUCUCACAAUAUUCACUCGAACAAUUGAAGUCUUUCAACUCUCAGUUUUCAGGAGAAAUGGGUCCUCCAAUACAGGGUGGAGUAGGCCGAGCAAUGGCAGGAAUGAACAGGCAACCUAUGGGAGGCAAUCAACACUAUUAUUACCAAAGUCAACCAAUGUAUCAAGUCGCUCCUCAUCAAACGAUCCAGAACCCACAAAAUAUUUCUGAGAGUGAGCCAAAAUCUCAGUAG